GAAGAGCUUUACCAGUGGAAUGCGUUAAGUACUGCGAAACGAGUCACAUACUGGGAUCCUAUCGUGGAGGGGAUGAAUAGCAUGCAGAAAACCUCGGAUGGUAGCAAGAAAAUAGAGAAAAAACCAACCGAUGGACGACCAGCUCGUCGCGGUGGCAAGAAACCACAGCGUGGGCCAAAUAAAUGGGCUAGACCAUCGAAGGAGGCAAAGGAAGCUGAGAUGGCGGAGAGACAUGAAGUAGUAGAAAAAUUGGAGAAAAUGCCAUAG